AUGGAAGAAGCAUCAAAACAACGUAAAGAACGUCUUGAAGCUUUAAGAAAACGUAAAUUAGGAAAUGAACCAGAAAAUAAUAAAGAGGAAGUCAAAGAGGAGGGUAAAAAUGAAAAACUGCCAUUGAAAUUUCGUAAUUAUACACCAAUAAAUGAGGAUAUAAAAGCCAUAUCAAAAAUCAAUAUAUCAACACCAAAGGAUAUAACGGAAACCUUAGAAAAAACGGAUCUAUUUAAUUUAGCGCCCAAAAAACCAAAUUGGGAUCUUAAGAGAGAUGUAGAAAAGAAAUUAGCCAAAUUGGAUAAGAUUACGCAAGCUAGCAUCGCCGAAUUAAUAAGGAUUAGAUUGCAAGGAGAAUCAAAUGAGAAUUCAACAGUUGAUUUGGUUGACGCCAUUAAUGCACAACAAAAAGCCGAUACUGAUGGGGAAGUGUCUGAUUAG